GAUAGUGGGUGUGGUGAUGUAUAAAGCACCCUCUGCAUCCAUUUCCAGCACCACUACAGCUCCUCCAAGACUGAGUUUCACUCUCUAAGCUCCUUAAAUCUCAACCUUGCUGUCAUCAUGUCAGACGUCCAGCAGGCUAUGGCCCUCCUCAUCACUGCCUUUGACAAAUAUUCUGGCAAGGAGGGGGACAGACACACUCUGAGUAAGGCAGAGCUGAAAGAGCUGCUUGAGAAUGAAUUUGGAGAGCUGCUGGGGAAAGCCAAUGACAAGGCAGCAAUAGACCGCAUCUUUAAGGACCUGGACACAAACAAGGACAAUAGUGUGGACUUCCGUGAGUUUGUCACCCUGGUGUGCUGCCUCACUCAGAUGUGCCACGAGUACUUCAUCGGCAAGAAAUAGGAAUCCCAGCGCCACCUUGGGGCCAGCACAGAGAGGUGCCUUUCUGUGAAAGCUGUUCUGAUGAAGAAAUAAAUAUUUACUACUGCUUGAAGGCACAAACAAAAAAUAUACAUGUGAUUGUAGUGAAAAAUGAAAUAAACUUCCUUUUUCUUUGAAACA